AUUGAUUCCUUCAUUUUCCGACGAAGGAACCUUUUUCUCAACCCAAUUCCUUCUACUUCUUCUUGUUUGUUUGUUUGUUUGUUUGUCUGUUUGUGUGUGUGUGUGUGUGUUUGAUGGAAGUGUCUCUGUCUGUCUGUUAGUCCGACUGACGGCCGAGUGAUUCUCAAGUGUCGUCGUGACAUAGCCACUUAAGGCUUUGACCUUUAUCUGCGUGGCAUCAACGCCCAUCGCAGUCGCCCAGACCUGAGAUUCCAUCCAGCCCCCGGAUUUGCACUUCCUACUUGGCUGCUCCAACUUGUGGGUCACCGUCGAAUCGCUUGUUCGGCGAUGCUGUAUGCAUGAUUCUACCCUUAAUUUGGUUCAGGUUCGCGGUAUCCGACAAUCAGUUGCGAUGGUCUACGAACAAUUCACCGUUGUUGACAAUGUUGUUGACAAUGUUGCCUUCAUUUUGAGUUUGUUUUCUGAGAGUGGGUGGGGUGUGAGAGUUGUGGCUCUUCGCAAGGUUUCGUUCUCUUUAGGGGUACGAAGUAGUGUGUGAUUUUAGGCUAAGUCUUUAGUCUGUGUGAUGGUUUUUUUUUCGUCUCUCCGUGGGGGUCGUUUAUGAGGGUUAACUGCGUCAGGAAUUGCAGCUUGUGCGUCGAUGUCAAGUUGCGCAUAGUUCUCGGCAUUUUGCGAUAAUUAGAAGCCUUUUCAUGGUUCUUCAUGCCCUUUCAUGCUUUGAACCGGGUUUGAGUAGUUCUUUUGAAUGGGGCAUUGUUUGAGUUUGACUGAUUAUCUUGGUAACGAAUUCGAUUUUGGCGUUUCUAUGUCUUGUCAUUGUGAUGAGAGCAAUGUUGAUAAUUGAAUCUCGUUAUUGAAGGACAUGGUGGUUUAGGUGCUCUCUAUUUUCGCCUCAGUGUUGUACGAAACUUACGACGUCGUGCUUAUUGCUCUGCACUUACGUCUACAGUGAUUGCGCAGCUCAUUUAUUUCAUAUUUAUGUUGAAGUGAGAUUUCACCUGUGCAAGUCGGAAUAUGAGAACGAGUUCGGAUGGGAUGUGAGUGGAAUUUCCUCCUACGAUCGUCUUAUAAAGAUUGGUACAGACUUCAACGAAUUUAAAUCACACGUCGCUGCUGUCGUCUCAGAGAAGAAUUCGAAUGCAAGUGCUUUAUUCGUAGGUAGCAUUUGGAAAUGGACAUAAUGCGGAUAGUGACAAACACAGGCACGAGUUCGCGAGCACGUAUGAAUUGGCCGAUUACCGCCAGCUCUUGGUGAUUCUAAAUUGAUCGAUCUUGACGAAGCAAAGAUGGAGUUCAGGGAACGGCAACCUCUACUUCAGACGUCGUCACGAAGUGAGGAGAAGUUGCAGAGAAGCCGAUCCUGGUGGAGCUCAUUGACAUUCUCGUGGGUAAAUCCACUCUUGGAAACUGGAAUUCAAAGGCAGCUUCAGCAAGAAGACUUGCUAACCGUACCUCCCGACCUAGCACCUAAAUUAUGUUGUGGCCAAUUAUGGAGGUGCUGGGAUCAAGAACGCAAAUGCCACAGCAAUAACCCUUCGCUUCUUUGGGCUAUUUUUAACGCCUACGGUCGAGUGUACCUGUUUCUUGGACUUCUUAAGUUUAUCAUCAUCAUAUUGGAGUUUUCGGGACCCAUCCUUUUGAACCAGAUUCUUAAGUUCCUGCAAUCAGGCCCUGAAGUUGGAGCACGGUGGGGUUAUAUCUGUGCAAUUGCGCUUGGAUUAGUAUCAGUUGUGAGAACUGUGCUGGGCACGCAGUACGAGUAUCGUAUGGCAAAGCUCAGAUUGCAGCUCGAAGCGAGUCUUACUACUAUGGUUUACUGCAAGUCGAUGUGCGUAAGCUCAUACCAUCGAAGAUCAUUUUCAAGUGGAGAAAUUCAGACUUACAUGUCAGUAGAUGCACACCGGGUGAUUCAAGUAUGUUCUAGUGCCCACGACCUUUGGAGCGUACCAUUGCAGAUAGCUGUGGCCCUUGGAAUGCUCUACAUGCAAGUUAAGUUCGCUUUUUUGGCCGGUCUUGCAGUUAUCAUCCUCUUAAUACCUGUGAAUCGCAUCAUCGCUUUGAAAAUUGCGACAUCAAGUGAGAAAAUGAUGAAGGAGAAAGAUGAAAGGGUGAGGAUGAUGGGUGAACUUCUGCAGUACAUUCGCACCAUCAAGAUGUAUACUUGGGAGCACAUUUUUGUGUCUCGAAUCAUGGAGACACGAACUCGGGAAAUGAAACAGUUGGCUGUCAAAAAAUAUAUGGAUGCGUUUUGUGUCUACUUUUGGGAAGGAACGCCGGUGCUUUUCACCAUCUUCACUUUUGGUCUUUUCGUGGUCACGGGACACACCCUAGAUGCAGCAACGGCGUUCACAAGUCUUGCUCUCUUUGAUAUUCUGACGGCCCCUCUUAAUAUCUUUCCAUGGGUGAUCAACAGUAUCAUUGAGGCCCAAGUCUCUCUCAGACGUCUUUGUCGGUAUUUAUGUUGCCCUGAUACUGAUUGCAAUUGGACGAUUAGCAUUUUUGAAACCAUACAUGAAGAGAAUGUCACUGAUUCCUCCUACGUGCCGAAUGCAAUUUCAAGUAUUUUUAGUAGUCACGAAGGGAACAUUCCGGAGGAAAACGCCCACGGACAAGCAGUUUUAGUUGAAGAUGCAGCUUUUACGUGGUCUAACGAGGAUGAUGCGUUGAUCACAUUGACUGAUUUGUCGCUAACCAUACCACAAGGUUCUCUAGUUGUCAUACUGGGAAAGGUAGGAGCUGGUAAAUCAUCCUUAUUGGAAGCUCUUUUGGGAGAAAUGCGCUGCCUGAAGGGCCAAGCUCGCAUGACUGGCUCUGUUGCUUAUGUGGCCCAGACACCAUGGAUCCAAUCAGGAACGGUUCGUGACAUUAUCCUCUUUGGGUCUCGGUAUGAUGCUGAGAGGUACAACCAUGUUGUGAUGGCAUGCGCACUAGGGGAGGAUAUCCAGAACAUGCAGGGGGGGGACAUGGCUGAAAUUGCUGAGCAGGGAUCCAACCUCUCAGGCGGUCAGAAAGCUCGGCUCGCUCUCGCUCGAGCCUUAUACCAGGAUCGCGAAAUCUAUAUCCUGGAUGACCCCUUGAGUGCUGUGGACGCACAUGUGGGAAAUUGGCUGCUACAUAAUCCGAUAGCUGGUCUGGCUAAGAAGGGGAAGACAUGUAUACUCUGUACGUAUCAUCCUGAGGCAAUUUCUGUCGCAGAUCUGGUGAUUCAACUGGAAAAUGGUUGUUUGACUUAUCAUGGAAAAAGUUCUGGUCUGCAAUCGUCAUUAUCAGGCAACGAAUUAUCAAACCAGAAGAGGACGGUACCCAAACUUCACUCUCCUCUAAUCGAAAUUCUUGAGGAAGCCCCAGUUACUGAAGUUGGCAGCAUGAUUGAUAAACAAGAUUCUCCGAGGGGUUCUAGCUCUUUCCUAUCCCCAGCAAAUCCGAUUCCUCUCAACCAGGUUGAAGAUGUGAAGGGCGAAGUCAUACUCGUUGAUAACGAGCGGACACUGGAUUUGGACGACGGUCAUAAUACCAGAAAUAUAGGUGAUACAGAAACUUGUGACAUUUCUGUGUCGUGCGUGAUGCCGCCAGUGCCACUGAUUGAGGAGGAAACUCGGAAAGCAGGGCAUGUGCAGGCAUCUGUCUAUCGUGCAUAUUGGGCUUUCACAGGUUGGUGGAUAGUAGUCAUCAUAUUAGUGAGUACUACUCUUAUGCAAGGAACACAAAAUGGUGGUGAUUUAUGGCUCUCUUAUUGGGUCGAUCACAGUAAUGACGGUCUGCAUUCCACGACCUUCUAUCUUAAAGUGAUGCUGGUGCUGGGUGGACUUCACUCACUCUUUACUUUAGCUCGCUCAUUUUCAUUUGCGUAUGGAGGUCUUCGAGCAGCCCAUCAGAUGCAUCAUGUUCUAUUGCAGAAAGUCAUUUCAGCUCCCAUUACUUUCUUUGAUCGCAAUCCUCGCGGUCGCAUAUUGAAUAGGUUCUCGUCGGACCAGUUUUCCGUAGAUGACUCGCUACCUUUUAUAGCCAACAUCCUGCUUGCUAACGUCUUUGUCCUGAUUGGGAUUUGUCUAGUUCUCUUCUACAUUCAGCGGGCACUUUUAUUGACGAUGCUGCCACUCAGCUAUUUCUUCUUUAAAUUGCAGAGGUACUACCGCGAAACCUCUCGUGAACUGCGGAGACUGGAGAGUGUAUUUCGAUCUCCCGUGUAUACUUCUUUCACAGAAAUGCUUGAGGGAUGUGCAACGAUCCGAGCAUUUGGGGCGCAGACUGCAUUCGCGGCCAAAAAUUGGAAAAAUGUUGCAGAUCGGCAGAAGGGAUCAUACGCGGAAAUGGCUGCAAGUCUAUGGCUGGCAUUUCGACUUGAGAUCAUAGCGUCUGCACUCACAGGCCUCAUAUGUGUCAUGGCUGUGGUCAGUCAUAUUUAUUCUCAGGCUCAUUUUGCAGCUACAUCGGCCGGCAUGGUGGGACUUUGCUUGUCUUAUGUCACGCCAAUAAUUGGUCUUCUCAGUGGUAUUAUGACAACUUUCACUGAGACUGAGCAAGAGAUGGUAUCAGUGGAACGAAUUCAGCAGUAUAUGGAUGUGCCAGAGGAGAAUGACCAAAGUGAUCAUGAAGUGAGUCCGUCGUGGCCAGUAGAAGGUGCCGUAAAUUUCAAUCAUGUUAGCUUAAUUUAUCGUCCCGGGUUGCCUCUCGCCCUAAACGACGUUUCGUUCUUUAUUCAGCCACGCGAACAUAUUGGUAUUGCUGGAAGAACAGGAGCCGGGAAGUCGAGCGUCCUUAAUAGUCUCUUUCGUUUGACACCAAUUUGUUCAGGAAGUAUUGUGAUUGAUGGAAUCAAUGUAUCUGGCGUUCCUCUUCAGCGCCUUCGAUCCUCGCUCACAAUUGUUCCCCAAAGUUCCUUUCUUUUUGGUGGAAAUAUACGGGAAAAUUUGGAUCCCAUGAGCCGUGCCACCGAUGCCAGAUUGUGGGAGGUUCUUGAACUGUGUCACUUGAAAGAAGCUGUUGAGUCUGUUGGGGGUUUGAGUGGAAAUGUGGUAGAGGGUGGGGAGACCCUUUCGCAAGGGCAGAGACAGCUUCUAUGCCUAGCUCGCUCACUUCUGGGAACUGCACGCAUAUUGUGCCUGGACGAAUGCACUGCCAACGUGGAUCCUGAAACGAACGCACUGUUGAAGAAGACAGUGGCGAAAGAGUGUGCUAACAUGACAGUUAUAACCAUAGCCCAUCGAAUCUCCACCAUCAUUGACUUACACCGAGUUCUGAUCAUGGAGCAGGGAAGAAUGGUUGAAGCAGGCUGCCCCAAAGACCUUCUGGCAAACGUCCACUCUAGAUUCUUUGGUCUCGCCAAUGCAUCUCAAGCAUGAUGCCGGAUCAGCAGGAACCCAAUCUCAGUUCUUACUGCGGCUCAUUAAAUACAUUUCGAUCGUACAAACUCUAGAUGCAGCCUAAGAAGAGGCGCUCCUACUCAUCUACCACCAGGUUGCAGGGUUUUUUCUCAUCAAUUUUAGCUACAACGUGAUCUUUUGACACCCUUCGUCUCUCUGCUUAAUAUCUGAACAGCUGGGCAACCUCCCCAAGUAGCUGAAAGUAUCAAACGCAAAGCAAUAACACAACGAAAGCCCGUUCCCAUGUAAUUUUAGUUCAAUGUGUGUUGGGGUUCCCACAAAAUUGAUUGAAGACAGUAAUUAUAGUUUAAAAUCUUGCAUGUGUGGCAUAAAGGAAUUCAAUAACAGUUGAAGUCAUCACAA